CAUGACUGCAUGUUCAUCUCGACGUUGAUAAAUCAAUACAUGCAAUGCACAGACUUUACCAACGCUAUUAAUUGAUCUUUUUCGGUAGUCGAUGCAGAAUUUUAUGGCGCAGUACACCCGACACCAUCAAUAAUAACCCACCACUUAUCCUCUUUACCGAACUAUGGCUCUGAUGAUGUACUUCCUUUGCCUCUUGAAGCAAUAGAUAUUAACAGCCCUACAGUGACAUCCAAUAACAUUUCAACAUGCAAGAAGGUUGUUGCUAUUUUCUACUGAUAAGUGCUGGAGAAUAGUGGCAAAUAGGAAGUCCAGGUCUGGUCAGCAAUGCACUCCCAAGACAUUGUACAUGAGAUAUUUCAAGGUCUGCAGAGCAUCGGGGGCGGAGAGUUUUUAGAUGUGCUCAAUUUAUGAGGCAUAGACUCAUGGGCAGGCCACCUCAAUGCUCAAACUCAAAAAAAAACUUCAUCUUUAUUUUUCUUUAUCUAUAUAUCCUCUUCUUAUGCCCUUCUAGCCCUUGUUCGCUUGCUGUCAUAAAUCUGCUAUCAAAAACUUCAGUUUUUCUGAAUACAUCAUUCUUGACGAUAUCGAAAGUCUUAACGGAAGACUGUACUGGUAUUGAGGACUUGGAACUUCUCGACUGGUUUAAAAUGAACACUUUAACGCCAAAUCCAAUAGUCAACUAUGAAACUUUCAUAGGUGUAACUUGGGGCUGUACUGCAAUUUCCUUCCUUUUUAUAACUUUCAGAAUCUGGGUUAGAAUUCGAACCUUUAGACGUCUUUCACCUGAUGACUUCUGCGUCAUUGUGGCCUGGCUACUUCUUCUUUCCUGUGCGAUCAUUUGUCAGAAGAUUAGUAGAGACAUGUAUGAGAUGCUUGGGGUCUUGAACGGAGUUCUCCUUCCUCCACCGAAAGGAUUCGAAAAGCAUGCCGAGAGAUUUCUACGAGGCUCUGCGGCCGUAUAUGUACUCUAUUACUGUACAUUAUGGCUUAUCAAGAUAUCUUUCCUACUUUUCUUCGGGCGACUCUUGGAGAACGUGGACUCCUAUGUCUGGCCACGACGUAUUGUAGCCAUAGUUGUGUUUGCAUCUUGGAUGAUAUGUAUUGGGAUAAUUCCCUAUUCAUGUUUGAUACCAAGCUUUGCAAAAAUUUCAGCUACCUGUCUAUCUAGGUCUGCAAUCAGAAUCCAACGUUUUGCACUCGGACUUGGUUGCGGACUGGACGUCUUGACAGACGCAAUGAUUUUGGCUAUUCCUAUCAGUAUGUUGUGGACUGUACGCUUGAGCCGAAAACGAAAGUUAGCAUUGGCUGGUAUUUUCUCACUCGUCAUCAUAACGAUAAUCUUCUCCAUCGUUCGCCAAUCCGUUGUAAGCUCGUACUCGCAUCAAUUUGAGGAGAGCUGGCUUUACACGUGGAGUCUCGUAGAGCAGACUGUUACUAUCAUAAUUGCAUGUCUUGCUUCAUUUCGUUCUCUAUUCGCCCGCAACAACCCCGUGCAACCGACUCCUCCAAAUCCAUGUGAGAGGUAUCCGAUUGAGGGAAAUAAGAAAACCCAAAAGCGAUUUUUUCAUAUCGACUUCAGCCUCAUAUCUGGCUUGACAGCUCCAUCUACAAAUGCAGACAUAAUGAAGACGGCCUCUGGUGGUAAUGAAUCAGAAGAUAUAGUGCUUCAUCCUCGAAAUAUUCACCUACAACAAGACGUGGAGCUCCGAUCCUCCGAGUCGCAGGUCUAAAUAUUCUGGGAGAUAUUGUUAUUGACGCUUGGGGGCGCAAUUGAAGAUCGAAGUUGUUUAAAAUUUCGAAAGCUGGGGGGUGUCCCGUCAAUCCAUACACCCAUUGGUAUACCAUUGAGAUGAGCCGAUUUAUUACUGUACUUUGUUCCUUCUUGCAAUCAAGUACUUUUUCAAGAUAUAAUAUUCCUUUUUCUUUUCAUAAUUGUUCUACUUGUUUUACACGAUCUUAGAGAGAAAUUGAAAGUUGCUUUGGUUCUGCACAAUAAAAAUCUUACUACUUGGAUGUUAACAUCAAAGUACCUCAUAUGGUACCAGACUACCUUGCUAAGUGAAAUAUACAAUGGGCUCUCUCUUAUAACGCAUGCUCAAAUAAUUCUUACUGCUCAAAGAUUAUCGGCUGA